UUUGUUUUUGCUUCGUAUGUAAAUAGGGUUUGUAUCACUUGCACACUAAUGCAUUUUCAAUACAAAUAAUGACGAUUUUGCCAGUUGCACCAUCCCUACAAAUAUAUUUGAACACAGCAAUGAGUAACUAUCCGCAGGUAAAACAAAAGAAAAUGAGUCACUACGUUCUACAAACCAUUUCGAUUAGAGGCGAAAGUGGUCCUAUAACAGAUAUUAUUAAUUUUAAGCUAGCUGACAAUAGUACAAACAAUUCUGAACUUCAAUCUAAUGAACAGGUUCCCGAAGCAUUACCUCCAAGUGCUGAGGAAAAUCAAAAUUAUCGUUCUCAGAAACAUAUGUGUAAUAAAUGUUAUAAGCCAUUUAGUCAGUUUAAUGAGCUUAAAAAUCAUUUGGCUUUUUGUCACUUUGAAGGCGGUUACCAUUUACGAAAAGCAGAAAUGUUGAAAAAUAUUGAGAAAAUUGAGAAAGAUGCAACUAAUAUGGAGACCAAUGAUAUAUGCUUUUGUUGUGGAGAAAGUUAUGAUACAUUUCAUUUGGGUCAAAUAAAUUGCGAUCAUUGCCCAAAAUCUUUUAAAACACAAAUGAGUUACGAACGACAUGUUUUCAUAACACAUUCGGAAUUUGAUCAAUUUCCUUGUUCUAUAUGUAAUGCAAAAUUGCGGACAGGUCACCUAUUGAAGCUGCACGAAAAACAGCACAAAACUCGUGGAAGGCUUUUCGCUUGUAAAGUAUGUGGUAAAGAUUUUGGACGUAUAGACCACUUGAAACGGCAUCAAAAAUAUACAGCCUGCUCAGCGAGUGCUAAUGACACCAUUAGUUGUAAGGUGUGUAAUAAAGAUUUUUCCCGUCUUGAUAAUUUGCGAAAGCACUUAAAGCAUCACCUGUGUAUACAACUAACAAAAAGAGAGAAAUUUAUGUGCCCCAUUUGUAAGAAUUGUUUUUACAGUUUAUGGAAU